UUCAGUGGAGGAAAACGUAAAGAUCCACUUCCAAAAGCUUCUUGGCAAGACUAUUUUCCCGAGACAAGACUCAUUUCUAUACAAGAAACAACCCAGUUCAGCGAUUUCCCAGGAAACUGUGGAACUCUCUUAUUGGUAAUGAAUAACGAGGACGCCGACGAAACACAUGAUUCAGUUGAGCAAGCAAUUCAACAGAUCUGGAAGCAAAGCCCAAAUCUGCAUGAUGCAGUUGCCGAAGAGCUAAAAGAGGUCCUGGCAAAAUUACAAUCGCUACCCUGCAAAAAUGAAGAACAACGGGCCUCGUUGUUUGAAAGCUUUCAGUGCUUACAAGGAUACCACAUUGUUCAGGUCUUCAAUGUAGGAGUUGCCCGCCUUCAAAAGUCCGUAAAAGAGCCCUCAAAAUUUGUAGCAAAAGUCAUUUCGCUUUUCCAAAUGUGUUUUAAUUUUUGCUACAAAGCUGGCGAGUCAAAGCGCGUUUCAUUUGAGCAUUACAUCAGAGCCUUAAAGCUCUGCUUUCCUUCUGAUCCGAAGAAGUCCUGCCAAUCGAUUGAAACCGUUUCCAUGCUACUCAACCUUGUACAGAUUCUUCAGGAAGGAAAGCUGUGUGCUCCAUCGUUCAUCGAGUUCAGUUUGACAAAACCAGCUAAAGGACCAAAGGAUCUCUUCAAUGAACUCCUCACUAUAUUAGAGUCCAAACCGUACGAUGAGUCAGAUGUUGAUGACAUCAUUUCUCAGUCAUUGAAAUUAGCUUCUGCAGAUGCUAAUAACCACACUGUUCCCAUGCAUCUAGCGAAAGUCUUUCCCGAUUUACCAUUCCAAUUUGAUCAGCUAAUCCCAGCCAUUUUCUUUAGGCACUGGAUUGAUCUUCUUCAAUUAACCAAGGCGGGUGAUGCCGCUUUUAUUGCUCGCGUAGCCAGUAAAGAUCCCCUUCAAAGCUCCUCGCCAGUAACAUUGUCUCCUCUCUGUUAUAUGGCGCAUGUUUUCCAAAGGAUGAAGCUUGGCGGAGAGCAAGUUGACCUCUCCCACGAUAAGGAGAGACUAGACGCUUUCUUCAGGAACGUUGACCAUCUUUUGGAAAAUGAUUACGAGACAACUGUCACCUUACUGAAACUACUCUCGUCUAAAAACAUUAGCCACACAGUCUUCGCAAAGGUUUGUGAACUGUUCUUUAAGGGGUGUAGAGAACCGCGACACGCCGUGUCCCACAGAGGACAAACCUUAGAUUCUAUCAGGCAACUGCUCUUUUUACUUCCAGAGGGAAGUCUGGUUAUAAAAGUUCUUAAUUUUUGGAAUGACUUUGUACCAAACGAUUCAGACUACACCAUCCUUCAACGAUUAAUGACACUCUUUACAGGACUAAGUACCAAAGGAUCAGGUACCAAAGGUUUUAGCUUCAAAGAUACAGCGGAAAGACUGUUGAAUUUUAUAACCAAUGUUCUCCCUGGUUCCAUAAUACCCUCGAUCCAUUCUUGGGCACCAUAUCUAAGGCUUCUGAUCGCGAUACUUCCAACCUCGUUUGAGAAACUCCCGGGGUUAGCAAGUUUCAUUGGAAAAGUCGCCCAAACAACCGCAUCUCAACCAAAAACAAUGACCGAAAAUCAGGAUGGAGCUUUGUCUUUUCUGCAUUGGCUCUCGGAACAAAGGCACAGGAUAGAGGUCAAAGAAGACAUGGCUGACCUUUUUACGCGCUACGCAGAUCCUACGUCAGGUUGCCAUUUGUUCUUGGUGGAUCUCUUUAAGUCAUUGUGCUUGUGCAAACCCUUGCCUUUCAUCUACAUGGAGACUUUUAUUCAGGAAAUGGUUUACUUUUCCAGUCGCCUAGAGCCCAACGAAAAAGACGCCAUCCGAGAUUUUGUGUCCAACGUCGCCGCAUCAGAUCAAAGUCUUAUUAAUCAACAAGACAUCUUCACCAAACUUUGUAACACAAUGAAGUACUUGUGGAACGAUAACAAAGCUCCAAUGAAAUAUAUUAGAGUGAAAACAUUCGAACUUAUUUCAUUGCUGGCCAAAGUUACUCUUUCAAGCCGGAAAACAGCGCAAUUAUUGCAGCUAUCAAGGAAUUCCUCCAACGGCCUGCAAUGCUGUCUUCGAUAUUUACAACUUAUUACCUCCACAUCCAAGAUUCCCAACAAGGAAAGAGCUUCCGAACAUUUUGAACUUCUGUUUGCAGCAUUUUUCGAGACAUUGAAUGGGAACAGACCCCUCUGUGAGAUUUUUUACCGCUAUCAUCGCAGUUUCACCGCACUCUUUACCACAAGUUAUCCUUCUGUUGAUUUACUGAACAUCUGGAGUUUUGUUGUUGCUGGGCUCUUGUCUUUGGAUUUGCUCGAAGAGAAGGUUGAUUUGCAGGGCUGCAUGCCGGUUCUAGCUAAGGCAACGGGAUUUGAUUCUCCAUUCCACGCUUUACAACUUUAUUUCCUGUCAAGAUCAGUGUUUUCUAGGCUCCUCAACCUGUCGAGAGGAAGAAUUCAAGGCUUGCCCUUUACCCAGGCGGGUGGUAGGGAUGCAUCACUUUGUGAUGCAACAGCGGAUCUAGUUGAAAACUUUGUUGAAGCUUCGAGUCUUAUCGUGCAGUCAGACGUCUUACCACCUGAGGAAAAACUGAUGUUAAUCGACAAAGUAUGUGACAUAGGUCUCAAAAACCCUGAUAUCAUGACUGCAGGUAUCUUGUGCCGUGCGCUUGGAAAUCUCAUACCAAUCCACAGUGGAAUCCGCUCUGAGGACAUUCCCCCCGACCAUUUGGAACUUCGUCACAUCCUAACCAUCCUUGAACGUCCUGGGAUGUUGGAGCAACUUGCCAAAGUCUCAACGACGCCAUCCAAAUCAUUGUAUUCCAUUCUCUGCUCGAAGAUUCCCAAUCCAAUUGCCAAAGAUGAUGUUGUGUUAAUCUUUGACUGUGUUGCCUCCUUCAAGAAUGCCGAUAAAGUGUUCAUUGACCACCUGUUGGUUCUCUUGGAAUCUAUCACCAAAGUCUGCAGUUCAGUCAGUGAUGUAUUAGACCUCCUAGUGGAAGCAGAAGGAGUUAUUCGCGAAAUCCGUCCUGAGUUGAUUCCUUUGUCCAUUUUGAUCUUUUCAUAUCUUGUUGAAAACAGGAUAGCUAACGAGGACAGGGCUGCAUUUAUCGAACUAGUCGCUUUGGAGUGGGAGAGCCCAUGCGAUUUGGACAUGUACACCGACUACGAAAUUCCUCAGCUUCUUUGGAAAGCCUAUCAAAGUUCCAGUGGUAGAGGAAGAAAGCUUGAGGCUAUAGAUCAAAUUCAUGAAGUCAUCGCGCGAUGCAAAGAUCUGGAAACACAUGCACCGAAUGGAAAAGUCACUGAAAUGAACCACGUGCAGAGAAGUAUUGCUUGUCGUGACUUACAGUGGCUUGUUCUUCAUUCCUCGCUAACAUGCGAAGAUGCUGCUUUGUGUUUCCAUCUAUCUUCGUCUUACCCGGCCGUUUAUAGUUUAAAGUGUUUCAGUUCAGUAUCUGCCAUGCAAAUUAAAGAUGGCUGUUUAACACCAAUUCCUCUUCAGCAAAUCGAGGCAAGCAACGCAACAGGCGACAAACAUCCAUCUCGCGUCAAUGGUGGUACGCAAGACUCAGUUUCAGAGCAGGCCACAGCAUCACUGCUGCCACUCCUGACACCAGCUGUAAUUGCAAAUAAAAUGGUUGUUCAACUAAGACGUCUUCUUGGAGAUGACAUCCCCCUCCGUGAUAUUGGGAUAGAGCUUUGGAACUCUUUGUUCGCAAAUCACUGCCUGCCCUGCCCAGAUGACAUCUGCAAAUCUUCAAACAGCUCGUCAACUUGUGACGAUUUUGUCAAUCUCUUCCUUUCAGUUAUGGAGAAAGCUUCAUAUUUAGAGGUUGUGCUCUUCUGGUUCGGAAGACACCCUGACCGAAGUCACCCGUACCGAAAUCAACAUCACGUUGUACAAUGCUCAGACGUCUUACUUGAGUCGUGUGCAUGGAACGGGAAAAACGUGGACAAAGAAAGCCAUCUACAGAUCCAAGGUGAGGUUACUGCAACCCUGGAGGUCCUUAGAAGUGUCAAUGAGGACUCAAUUUUUCCCUCCUUGUCACAGACCGUGAACUAUUCACCAAUGUGUUUCCGUCUUCUCCAGCCGCAGUUGAAAUGCCUUCUUUGCAUUCUUCAAAACAAAUUUUCAUUUGAGGUAACAGCAGGGCUUCUGAAUCUCGCCAGAAUCGACUGGCAAGCGGCAGGCGCGGUCACUGCAAUCGUUUCUCCCUGGUCUUGCCGAAGAUCAACAGCAAAAUUGUUGGAGGGAGUACAUGACCUGUUCAAAGAGCGUAAAAUACCUGCACUUUCUUUUCUACAAAAAGAGUUUGUUUGGCACAUGUUUGAGGUUUGUAGUGAUUCUUACAUGAAUUCCCCUGAAGAUCUGCUGGACAAGCUUCUUCACCUAGUCAAUUUCCUCAUACCAGGGGAACCAAACUGCGGACUUGAUCGUCUUCCUGAGUGGCGGAAUAUGAUGAUCGCGGAAGGAUACUCUGUGCACGUGAUCGACAAGUGGUGUAAAGAUUUUCUGUUUACGCCACAAGAAAAUCUUUCAUCACGUGAUGUUGAUGCCAUUAUUGAUCUCAGUCCCAGCUCCUUGCAGCUUGUCGCACCUGUGUCUCAGCGCAUUAAACAAUGUAUAUUUUCUGACGAGGGCAUCAAAGGCAAUUCAAUCAAGGAACGCCUAAGACUAGUGAAGCUUCUCAACGAAUUUAUUGAAGUGCUGAAAAUUCGUAAGCCCAACGAAGCUUCCAGUAACUCUGUUGUCACAAGAAUAGUUGUCGACGCUUGUGAUGAACUUUGCAAGAGCUAUUUAGACAAAAGCAGAAGUGACAAUGACCUCUUCAAAAUCCGUGGCGUUACGCUUGACGCUCUGUUUACUGAAGUGUUUGUCACAUCCGACGGUGAACAAGUUAACAGUCCACACUCCAGUAGCGCUAACAAAGCACACGAGGACAAAUCAAGCGCUCCAGGGCCUGCAGCAGGGCAAGGGAACUCUUCAAAUCUUCUGAACCAUGUAGAAGUUUACGAUCCAAUGCUGGUGCUAUUACGGCGUUGGUUAUCGAACAUCGCCAACAAGCCAACCCUCGCCUCGUACACUCAAGAGAUUGUACAAAUAAUUUUAUCACAACACUCUACUGAAAUGGGUAGUUCCCUCUUGGAGGAAUUACACAACAAAAUUCAAAAUCGCAUUUUAAGCUUCGCACCAAAUCAGAUUCUUAUAUCUCAGUUUCAAGCAGCAGGAUACAACCAGGGAGACCCAGCUAAUACCAACAACGACUUGUGGAAAUCUACUUCUGUAGAACUUUCUUGUUAUCUCAGCAAGAGCGAGUCCACGAGCAAAGAAGUAAUUGAAAGGAAGUUAACCAUUGUCCUGAGAGGGCACUGGAUGCAGUGGAAAGAUCUACUUUUUGUGCACAAUAUUCCCUCGAUACGUGUUGGGGAGGCUAAUGUGGAUACGAAGGAUCUCUUUGGGUUCCAGACCACUUUGAAGGAAAUGGAGAAUCAGGUUGCAGCCGUAAAGGAAAGAAUCAGCCAAGUUCCUUCUGAAGACAUGGACGGAAGACUAGUAGAGGAGCUGAUACGUCAGGAACAGCAACACCGCGACAGGAUAAACGAACAGCAUAAGAGGAACAGAAGCCGUUCAGAGACCAAGGGACGGAAGAAAGGAAAACAGAAGAAGGAAACGACGAAAUUUGUGGCUGUGUGGGAAAACCAGUUUCUUGAAAACGUUAAACUGUGCUCGGAGCGAAUCCCAGGAUGUUACGCUCCAAAUGGUUUUCACUCCGAGAAACCUGUGCUUUGUGCUUUGUCCGUGGACAACAGAAUUUUGACCGUUUUCAAGGAAGAGAAGCAAGGAUGCAGAGAGGAAAUCGAAAAUGUUGAAGUGAAGCUUUUUGAAGCUGGUAUGUACGUGUAUGGACUGCACACCAGUGGCCAUGAUUACGUCACUGACGAGCUGUGGGCUGCAUUUUACAAGAAGCUGCUGGAAGAGAGACUGGUGCCCAGUAUCGUUCUGUCCACUGAAAGUCCAGGGUUCGACUGGAUAAAGAAAUUCGUACAACCAGAGAACGUCCAUCCAUGUACGUGGAAGUGGGAACUACAUCGUGGCAUUGUUCCACCGGAGGAAGAUUAUUUUGACUAUUUACCAGUACAUGCUGCUUUGUGUCCUGCCUCAAGACAAUUCCUCACUUUAACAAGGGAGGACGUCGGAAAAUUUCAAUUCCGUGAUUUCAAGGACGUGAAUGUCAUCGAGCAGAGACGUCGUCAGGCAAACGAAAUAGCUGGCAAGUUGAAAGACAGUCGCCAACUGCAGCAAGAGCUGCGAUCGUUGCACAGUGACGAGGAGCUCAUCGAGAAACUGGCGAGAAAACUACAAUUCGCUGUCAAAGAAACAGUCAAGCUCAUUGUAAAUGGAGAACGACCCACUACAGAGACCAUCCUGGAAAAUAAGCUAAUUGAUAAGAAAAAGCUUGCGCUUAUUAAAUGUGAAAAGUGCAAAGAAAAUAUAAAAAAGUGCAAGUGUAAAUCGAACGAACCUUUAGCAAGUCUGGAGGAAUAUGCAGCUGUGGUGCUCCGCGUGUGUCAAAGCGAGGACGUGUAGAGAGCGUUGUGUAAUGGCUAGCUCGAUACUGUAAUCUCAAACAAACAAACAAAAAAAAACACGUCCAGAAAUGCACGCAAUCGAAAAAAAAAUUGCGGAAAAAUUCUU